GCGCCACGUGGUGACCGGCGUUAUUAAUUAGAUAGUAUAGAAAAGUGUUAGUGUCAGGGGCCUGUUUUCGAGUGUUUUUCAUUUGUAAUCCGGAGAAAAACAAAAGUGCGAAAAUGAGUAAUUCAACUAUUUCGGAUCAAUCGCUAAUGGACAAAUCAAUGCGAAGUGUUUUCGUCGGGAAUAUCCCGUACGAGGCUACAGAGGAGAAUCUAAAGGAUAUCUUCAGCGAAGUUGGACCAGUACUUUCCUUCAAAUUAGUUUUUGAUCGUGAGACAGGCAAACCUAAAGGAUAUGGUUUCUGCGAAUAUAAAGAUCAGGAAACGGCUUUAAGUGCUAUGAGAAACUUGAAUGGAUAUGAAAUUGGUGGAAGAACAUUGCGUGUCGAUAAUGCUUGUACAGAGAAAAGUCGAAUGGAGAUGCAGAGUCUUCUGCAAGGACAGAAUACCGAAAACCCAUAUGGGGAGGCUGUUCAGUCGGACAAGGCACCAGAAGCCAUAAGCAAAGCUGUAGCGUCUCUACCACCGGAGCAAAUGUUCGAAUUGAUGAAGCAAAUGAAACUUUGCGUGCAAAAUAAUCCGAAUGAGGCGCGUCAAAUGCUUCUGCAAAAUCCUCAAUUGGCAUAUGCUUUGCUUCAAGCACAGGUGGUCAUGAGGAUAGUGGAUCCACAUACAGCAGUCAGCAUGUUGCACAAGGCUAAUCCCAUUCCAGGUGUUUUGACACCACCAGAAAAGCCAAUUCAACAGGUCCAACCACGAAUUGAAGAACCAUGGGCUCCGCCGCGACCUCCACCAGCUGUUAAUCCUCCAGCGCCCAUUUUCGCGGGUCAAGAUGUAGAUCUUCGAUUGGAUAGACCAAUAGAUCCGCGGUUAGCUAGGAUGGAUCAAGAUUUAAGAGGGCCUCCUCAAGUGCAGCCUACCCCAGUUGCACCACCAGUAAUACCAGCUGCCGCUGAUCCCAGAGGACCUAAUACAUUUAAUAUUACAGACAACACUCUUCCUGUGGAAGGAGUCGAGAGUUUUUGCCGUGAUCCGAGAGCUGAUAGAUUCGGUAGAGAUCCGAGAGAUCCUAGAGAUCCGAGGAUGCCCAUUGAUCCUAGAAUUACCAAAGCUACUCCAACGCCUGUUGCUCCACCGGUUGUUCCGAGACCAGUUGCUGCACCAACUGUUCCAAUACAAAGCCCCGUAUCGAGCAACACGACUAGUUCUACUGCUGCGCUUUCACAGUCAGCAAGUUCUGCGACAUCCAGACUUAUGGCUGGAAUGUCUCCAGCAGGAAACAUUCCCAGUGGCGCGUCCGAUCAGGAAAAGGCGGCCUUAAUAAUGCAAGUGUUGCAAUUAUCAGAUGAGCAAAUUGCUAUGCUUCCACCUGAACAGAGACAAAGUAUUUUGGUUCUAAAGGAACAAAUUGCAAAGAGUACUCAGCGCUGAUGUACAACUUAAUCUCUUAAAGAGUAAAUCUCUACUUUAAAAAGGUAAUAUAAUCUUAAAGUAAUCUUAUGUGAUGUACAAUGAAUACAUUCUUACAAAAUAUAA